AUGGGAUUUUUGAGUGGUGUGCUUGAAGCGGUGAAAGAUGAUGAAGCGGUUAAAACGUAUGUAAUAAACGUCGAUGAAUUUGUAGAAAAAAUAAAAAAAUACGUAGGAAACGGACAUAAAGGCUUAGUUGAGGUCAUGAAGCUUGUCUCGUCCUUGCUGUCCGGGUGGGAACACUUUUUUGACGAACGAACUAAGGAGGUUAAAAUGCCAUUAGAAAAUCUUGAACAACGCAUCGCUGAGCAUCAAAAUGAUAUUCAGAAAGAAAAAAGUAAUUCGCUUGACAAGCAGUUCAAGGACUGGGCGAGGCGGUCCAAGGAGUACCUUGAUAAGGUGGAGGAGGCGGAAGAGGCUAUGCCAAAUCUGGACUGUGAUCUACGAAAACGGUUAGAAACACCAAUGAAAUUGAUACAACAGGCUGUGAAAUGUUUCCGAACAAGUUGUGAGAAUAAAGAUUUGGAUGCACUUAAUAAGGCGGCUAGAACAGAGCUAUCGAUGCUUAAGCAGGGUGUGAACGAGAAUGUUAAGAAAAUAAUAACGAGUAUGGAGAGUAAUUUAAAGAAUAGGUUCGAAAGCGAGAUUCAGACGCCGAUUUCUAAAAUUAAAUUGGAACUUCAUGGCAUAAACAAUAUUCUCAUUAGAUGGAUUGCGACAGCAGAGCACCUAGUGACGGACGCUCUGGUGACAGUAGAGAAAGUUUUAGGAAAAUUCGAUACAAAGAACAUAUCAGGUACAAAAUAUCAGACGGUCGAAUAUGCGGCAGUAAGAUUGAAACAAAGUGCCGACACGCUUUGGAAGUCUGUACAGCAAGCGAAGAAGGGGCUACGCGGCUUGAAUGGAAUCAUUAGUGAAGCGGUUAUAGCCUUGGAAAAACUGUACACUAAAAAAAUUCAAGACGUGGUUAGUAAUGUGGUAAAUGAUGUAGACGAAGCUUUGAGCGGUAUUUCCAAAGUGGACGAAGCUGUCAGGAAAGGUGUGGUGAAUCUCAGAGAUGCGAUUGUUAAGCAGGGUAUACAUAAAUUCGUAAACAAGUUUAGUGUAGGAACGUUCGGCGGAAUAGCAGACGCUGCCACAACUAAUUGGAGUCCUGUUGUUGUUCUUCCCUAA